UUGUUGUGUUUAUGGAGACGCUGUGAGGAGUGAAACACACACUGAAGCUUUAGCUGCUGUAGGGAAUGGCUGAGGAGAAAACCGAAAGUUCACCUGAGGAGCUGAAGGAGAAACUUCACUUUUUGACUGACGAGAACGAGCGUCUCUGCGGUAAACUGGGCUCCACACAAAGCAAAGCGGCUCAACAUGCCGCCUCCAACCGGGACCUGAGCUCCAGACUGGUGCAGAGCGAACAGAACAAACUGAAGAUCUCCAAAGAUCUUGUAGAAGCUCAGAUUGAAGCCAACAAACUGAGAGAGAAGUAUGAGGCGGAGAUAUUUGAGCUGCAGAAUAAGGUGUUGUGUCAGGAAGGUGUGGUUUUGAAUCUGGAGGCGGAGCUCAGCCGCCUGAAGCGGGAGGUGGAGUCGGCAUCGUCACGGUUACUGAUGGCUGAGGAUAACGAGCGGGACAUGGCGGAGGAGUACACCAACCUGAAGAGUAACUUCCUGGCUGUGAGCGAGUGUCUGGAGCGAGAGAUCACACACUCACAGGAACUGAGCGAUGAGCUGAUCACACUCGCACACACACACGACACACUCCUGCGGGAGAAAGAGAGACAACACACACACACACUCGAGCUGGAGAGAGUCAAAGCUCUGCUGAAUAGAGUGUCACAAAGCAGAGUCAGGCCAGAGGAACUGAACCAAGGCUGCAAUGUUAUUGGGGACAGACAAAGACACAGGGCCCAGUACGAGCUGAGGGAGGAGCUGGAGAGAAUGAGGAAGAGUUAUGAAGAACAUCAACAACGACUUGAGGAGAAAAUUGCAGCUAUGGGGAAAGAGCAGCAGGAGAAUAAGAAAGCGAUCCGAAACACACAGCAGGAGAUCGUGCAACACUCAGCUUCACUGCUUGUCUCUCAGCACCAUCUGAAGGAGGUGGAGGCUGAAAACUCGAAACUCCAGAAUCAACUGAAGGAGCUGAAUCAGGAGUACAGAGCACGGCUCACACACUACAUACAUGACAUCACGGAGUGUAUGCGCAGAGAUGGUGAUGCAAGUGUGCAGCUGAAGGAGUACGUGGACUCCAUGUUGAAGGAGGUGCGAGUGUCGUAUCGCUCCAGAGAGGAGCAGCUGACCAGCACACUGAGAAACUACCGUAAACGUCUUCACAACCUCAGCAACACACACCAACUACUGCUGACUGCCUACAGAAUGCAGCGUGAGCAGAUUCUGGCACACACUGGGCAGGGACUGGAGGCGGGGCUACCUGAAGCACACUUCAACCCUGCAGAGGCGGAGCUUAAAGGAGAGACAGAGAGAGAACUGCAGAGGCUGAGAGAGGACAAAUCUCACCUGGAGACACAACUCAGAAUCGCACAAGAACAGGUAUCUCUGCUGUCACAGUCGUCUCAGAAUGUUGCGCUCACCGAGGAAGCCUGGGCCGACAUCAGGAAACAACUCCGAGAGAUCGCAGUCACUGCACAGGAGACACAUGAGAGAGAGCGUGCACAGCUCAUCACCAGGGCAACGGUUGCUGAGGAGCAGGUGAGGGAGCUGCAGGAGUAUGUUGAUAAUCACCUGGGCAGGUACAAGAUUGAAGUUACUCGGUUGAGGAGGAUGCUGCAGUUGGAGGCGGGGCGAUCACAGAGUGCUGAGGCCCUUAAGCCCCGCCCUCUACACCAGUCACACAAUAAGACUAGCUAUGAAUUAUAAACCCAAUGUUUAAUACAAAAGGCAAAAAUUAAAAGAGUACCAACAAUUGACACCAGAGUGAAUUUAUAGGUUUUAGCCACAUCACAAUUUCUCAACCACUUAUUACUGUCAGUGUGUAUUACCCACAAAGCAAGUGGAAAGCGUCCCGUUCGUGUUGAAGGUCCUCAUACAGAAUUGCUAGUUAGCUUGUUAGCUAGCUUGUUAGCAUUAUACUAGUAUACAGUGUGGUGUGGUGGAGUUAAUCUCACUGAAUUGUCUUCCUAACAACUUUUUAUUAUUAAACAUUCUGAAUUAUUAUCCAUUUAUAGUUACAUCUAAUGUCCACAGACAAGUUACCUCCUGUUCUCACUUACCUUAUAGCAGCUAUACACCGGUCAGCCAUAACAUUCUGACCACUGACCGGUGAAGUGAAUAAGACUGAGUAUCUCCUCAUCAUGGCGCCUGUUAGUGGGUGGGAUAUAUUAGGCAGCAAGUCAACAUUUUGUCCUCAAAGUUGAUGUUAGAAGCAGGAAAAAUGGACAAGUGUAAGGAUUUGAGCGAGUUUGACCAAAAGGGCCAGAUUGUGAUGGCUAGACCACUGGAUCAGAGCAUCUCCAAAACUGCAGCUCUUGUGGGGUGUUCCCGGUCUGCAGUGGUCAGUAUCUAUCAAAAGUGGACCAAGGAAGGAACAGUGGUGAACCGGAGACAGGGUCAUGGGCGGUCAAGGCUCAUUAAUGCACGUGGGGAGAGAAGGCUGGCCCGUGUGAUCUGAUCCAACAGACGAGCUACUGUUGCUCAAACUGCUGUAGAAGUUAAUGCUGGUUCUGAUAGAAAGGGGUCAGAAUACACAGUGCAGGACGGGUCAGGGCUGUUUGGGCAGCAAAAGGGGACCAACACAAUAUUAGGCAGGUGGUCAUAAUGUUAUGCCUGAUCAGUGUGAGCGCUGCUUUACAGAGAAACCAAGAAGAUUUCAGAAAACUUACAAGCGUUACAACUGAGUCUAGUUUCAACACAGAGUCCAUUUUUAAUGUGUUUCGUUUAUUUUCAGCUAAAUGUUUAACAUGAGAGCAGCAGCGCCCCCUAGUGUCCACAUCAUGCCUGUCAGUUUGGGACACAGCCACAGUGUAGUGAGAGGAAACUCAACAGGGUGAGAGGUGUGUGUGACUAAUCAUUGUGAUUAGUGUGUGUGUGUGUGUGUGUAAAAGAAACAGGGAGGGAGGGAGAGAGGAGGUGUGUACUCUUGAGAAACUAUGUGUGGAAUGUUUGUAAAGCUCAAGUUGAUUUCACGUAUCACAGAGAAGAAAAACCCACUUACAGGCGAGAAUAAUCUCAUUACAGACACACACACACACACACAGUAUAAGAUACUUCUCUGUACAAAAAGCAUGUAAGACAGACAGAGAAUACUCUUUUCUGAUUGGACGUCUUAAAUCACUAGAUCUAUUUCUAAUGUAAGUAUGGCGACGCACUUAAACAUGUAGAACAACAAUCAGAAAUAUGAAUGAAACUGAUCUGAUUCUCUAAACAAAAUAUUUUAAUUAAACACUAUAUUUUGGGAGUUUUGGGACACCCCUCAGGUGUUCAGGUGUUGUUUUUCAGGGGUUGGACUCAGCCCCUUAGUUCCAGUGAAAGGAACUCUUAAUGCUUCAGCUUCAUACCAAGACAUUUUGGACAAUUUCAUGCUCUUUGUGGGAACAGUUUGGGGAUGACCCCUUCCUGUUCCAACAUGACUGUACACCAGUGACCAAAGCAAGGUCCAUAAAGACAUGGAUGAGUGAGUUUGGUGUGGAGGAACUUCACAGAGUCCUGACCUCAACCCCAUAGAACACCUUUGGGAUGAAUUAGAGUGGAGACUGUGAGACAGACCUUCUCGUCCAACAUCAGUGCCUGACCUCACAAAUGACCGCGCUUCUAGAGGAAUGGUCAAAAAUUCCCAUAAACACACUCCUAAACCUUGUGGAAAGCCUUCCCAGAAGAGUUGAAGCUGUUAUACCUGUAAAGGGCGGGACAACUCCAUAUUACAUUCAUGUGCAUGGAAAGGCAGACGUCCCAAAACUUUUGAAUAGAAAGUGUACUAAUUGAAGCUACUGUUUCUGCCAGUAACAAUAAAACAAAUAUAAAUCAACAUUAAUCAUUAUAAAUAAUUAAAAAUUUGCCAAAUAAAAACCUAUAUUUAAAUAAUUA